GUGUUCGCAUAGCAUAGCGGAUUUAUUCUAACCUUUUCCCACCUGGAAAAAACUGGGUUCAAGUGUCUUCGGCAAUCGCAAAGCAACAUUGCGUCUUCACAGACUGUCAUGCCACUCUCAGAGCAAGCCUAUACUCGUAGGAACGGGGCUGGUGAUGGUAGUGGUGGUGGUGGUGGUGGUGGUGGUGGCGGCGGCAGUGGUGAUUGCAAAGGCUCUGGUGUGGAGAUUGCAGAUGGAGAGCGGGGCUGUGUGCAUGGAAGUGGAGAGGAGCGGAAAGGAGCCUGGAGAAAAAAGGCUGUCAUAGUUGCUCAGAAGAACCGCCAAAUCAGAGAGCAGGGGAGAUUUCAUUGGAGGAAUGCCUUCACCAGCAAUUAAUCCUGUCAUAUUGCAAGAAAAUUGUAAACGUUCUCGCCAGAAACUGUCUGCCCAUUGCAGCUAAUGGAACACAACACACACGAAGCGACCCGCUCUUCUGCUCUCUACCAAAGGCGCCUGGUGCAGAGACACACAGACCCACACACAGACACAGACACUCCGCGCGCACACACGGGCACACACACACGCACACGCACACGCGCCAGCCUGAGGGUUGGCCAGAGUCUUGCAACCGCAGAUCCCGCUAGGAAAUAGCCACGGGCACCCCUAAAUCGGUGCCGCCGCCACUCCGGUUACUACUUUCCCCGGCACUUGGGCGAAGAAAUGCAUCCCGCCCAGCUCGCGGGUCCCUGCAGAUCAAGGGAGAAAGCGAGCGGGCUGCUGGCUUAGGAAGCUGAGCCCUCCCUGCGCAGCGCAGCUCGCGCCGGAGCCGGCCCGCCGCCCCGAACCCGCUACCAGCUCCCCGCGCCCGCGCCCGCGCCCGCGCCCGCGCCCGCCGGCCGCGCCGAGGAAGUCGCCCUCCGGGGAGGCACCGGAGCCAGACCCGCCGCAGGUUUAGAUGUUUAUUUGGCUACUUGGCUACUGAUUAGAGAACACAAAAUGAACAACUCAACAAACUCCUCUAACAAUGGCCUGGCUCUGGCCAGUCCUUAUAAGACAUUUGAAGUUGUGUUUAUUGUUCUCGUGGCUGGAUCCCUCAGUUUGGUGACCAUUAUUGGGAACAUACUGGUCAUGGUCUCCAUCAAAGUCAACCGCCACCUCCAGACCGUCAACAAUUACUUUCUGUUCAGCUUGGCCUGUGCUGACCUCAUCAUUGGCGUUUUCUCCAUGAACUUGUACACCCUCUACACUGUGAUUGGCUACUGGCCUUUGGGACCUGUGGUGUGUGACCUGUGGCUAGCUCUGGACUAUGUGGUCAGCAAUGCCUCCGUGAUGAAUCUGCUCAUCAUCAGCUUUGACAGGUACUUCUGUGUCACAAAGCCGCUCACCUACCCUGUCAAGCGGACCACGAAAAUGGCAGGCAUGAUGAUUGCAGCUGCCUGGGUCCUCUCCUUCAUCCUCUGGGCUCCGGCGAUCCUCUUCUGGCAGUUCAUUGUAGGGGUGAGAACUGUGCAGGAUGGGGAAUGCUACAUUCAGUUCUUCUCCAAUGCUGCUGUCACCUUUGGCACUGCCAUUGCAGCCUUCUACUUGCCGGUGAUCAUCAUGGCUGUGCUCUACUGGCACAUAUCCCGAGCCAGUAAGAGCAGGAUAAAGAAGGACAAGAAGGAGCCUGCGGCCAACCAAGAUCCAGUGUCUCCAAGUCUGGUCCAAGGACGGAGAGUGAAGCCAAACAACAACAACACACCUGGCAGUGAUGACGGCCUGGAACACAACAAAAUGCAGAAUGGCAAAGCCCCCCGAGAUGCCGUGACUGAAAACUGUGUCCAGGCGGAGGAGAAAGAAAGCUCCAAUGAUUCCACCUCUGUCAGUGCUGUCGCCUCUAACUUGAGAGAUGAUGAAAUAACCCAGGAUGAAAACACCGUUUCUACUUCCCUGGGCUAUUCCAAAGAUGAGAACUCGAAGCAAACGUGUAUCAAAAUCGUCACCAAGACCCAGAAAGGGGACUCGUGUGCCCCGACCAAUACCACAGUGGAGCUAGUUGGUUCUUCAGGUCAGAAUGGAGAUGAAAAACAAAGCAUGGUAGCUCGCAAGAUUGUGAAGAUGACGAAGCAGCCUGCCAAAAAGAAGCCCCCUCCUUCCCGGGAAAAGAAAGUGACCAGGACAAUCUUAGCGAUUCUGCUGGCUUUCAUCAUCACGUGGGCCCCCUACAACGUCAUGGUGCUUAUCAACACCUUCUGUGCACCCUGCAUCCCCAGCACAGUGUGGACCAUUGGUUACUGGCUUUGCUACAUCAAUAGCACCAUCAACCCCGCCUGCUAUGCACUUUGCAAUGCCACCUUCAAGAAGACCUUCAAGCACCUUCUCAUGUGUCAUUACAAGAACAUAGGCGCAACGAGGUAAAACAUUUUUGGGACAAAGGAACCAGGUGGUCAAGGGGAACUUGGGGAGAAGAAGAGGAGUCAAAGAGCUAGUUUUAAAAUCUCUGCCAUUGCACUUUAUAGUCUUAUUAGGGAUGUGCAAUUAAGGAGCUCAAAAGGGACGCUCUCUUGUGCCUACGCUCCAGUCUGAGAAACUCUCACCUCAUGAGCCCUGCCAAUGUAGGAGCAAUGAGACCACAAAAGCCACACGGUGGGAAUGUGGAUGUAAGGAUGCUCUACAUUUUCUCAGUCUCUUGGAGAAGGGCUUUCGAAUCUGCAAUUUUAUCAGUUUCUGCACAAGAAGAAGAAUAACCUUUGUUGUUAUUCCCACGUGUCUUUAUAAGUGGAUGAAAGGCUACGGUUACAAGCUAACAUGGAGACUUACACAUAAAGAAAUAGACAUUAUGCCACAGAGCAGUAAAGAAAUAAAACAAACAAACAAAAAAAAGAGUGUAGAAACAACCUCAGAGUGCUAAGCAUAUAUUGCUCUUUUCUUAUGGUUUUACGCGGAGGGUUGCAAUAUUAUAAAUACUUAUAUUUUAUCUUUGCUUUUCCUAACAUCAAAAGAAAACAAAAGCCCAAUGAGAUCAUAUCGUUAUUUUUCUUGCUCUGGCACUGUUUUUGUACUGUUCUGCACUGUGUAAGGACAAAUUAUAGAGGACUUUCACUAAACCAGAGACAGCCAUGAAAAGGGGGCACUUCACCCUUGAUCACUGUGUCCUUUGCCUUUCUCGUGGUACAAAAGCCUAUAAGGAUAUAGUUCAGUUAUGAUCCUUUAUGGGAAAUGGUUUCACUAAUCUGGUUUUCUCUCAAACUAGCCUCUUAUUUUAAUAGAAUAGUCUCCCUAAUAGAUAAACAUGUUUGAGAAGCCAAAGUUAUUUUUUUAAUAUAUUUUAUUGAUUUUUUUUACAGAGAGGAAGGGAGAGGGAUAAAGAGUUAGAAACAUUGAUGAGAGAGAAACAUCGAUCAGCUACACACUCCCUAUUUGGUAUGUGUCCACACCAAGGUACAUGCCCUUGACUGAAAUCAAAUCUUGAACCCUUGAGUCCGCCGGUCGAUGCUCUAUCCACUGAGCCAAACCGGUCAGGGCUAUUUUUUUUUUUUUAAUUGAGGUUUCAUCAAGUUAAAUAAUUGUCAUUACAGUUGGAGAAAGUUUACUGAGGCCAGACAAAUUUUGAGAUAAGAAAAUGGGGAGUUGAAAGAACAUUCUAUUUCAUCUUGAAUCUGCCUGACCUGCAUAUAAAAUGUUAACUUGUAAAACAUGAACUUCUGGCCUUUGUCAGCAGGAAGAUGCUGCUGCUUUUUCAUUUUGAAUUCUGAAUAGAAUUAAUAUACUCCUGUAGCACCAGUGACCUCUGGGUCAGUCCCAAGGAAGUAAGACCUUCCCCUCAAUGCUUCCUGAAAGCCAUUCAGCUCAUAAGGCUGUUUAUAACCAUCCUAUGAUCCAAUGGAGAGAAGAAGAAAAAAUAAACAAUUAGAAAACAUUUAUUGAAACCAUGUAUUCCAAAUUCCUCAAUUGUCAAGUCUCCCUAAAAAAUUUUAACUUCAAAAUUCCAUCAAUAGAAGUAUAGUAGUCUUUGUGACUGACAUGUAGUGGGUAACUUAAACAGAGGCCAGGUGAGAUCAGCAGAAUCUGAAACAAGAAUGUAGUGGUUGUGCCUGGGUCAUUCUCACAUUUCUCUAAUACUAGGCCAUAAGAAUGUCAUGUCGGGAACUAAUACCCAAACAGUGGCUUUAAAUAAUCUUGUCCAUGUGGAUAGUUUUUAUAUGGUACCCCAAAUAAAUGUAAGAUUAUAUUAUUCAUGAUUUAAUUAAUUAUUUUCAUUUCCCCUUUGUUUUACUAUAUUUUCUGUAGUCUUCCAAUUAGAUUUUCUAAAGAUGAUCCAAUCAAUAGAAAUAAAAGUUACAAAAGUGUUUUUUUUCAAAUUUCAUAUUCUGCCUUUAGGUUUCUGGUCUUCACCUUGGCCAGUUAUAUAUCUAUGUGAGCUGCAUGAUGACUUAAUCAGUAUUAGCAUUAGCAAUUUAGUUAUUUUGUGUGACUUGCCUCAUUGAUGGCAUCUCAACAAUUUUGAGAGUUAACCAAAAGCACAACACAAACAACAACAAAAAGAACAGCCAGGAAGAAGAAAAUUGCCAACAAUGUUUUAACCCUAACUUUAUCAAAAUAACCUCCUAGUUGUAUAACUUUAGUUACUCCCCCCCAAAAAAAAUCUUCCAUGUAAAAACACACAGCAUCAUUUCAGACAGAUUACUUCAUACUACAAUGACUUCAAUGUAAACUUUUACAUUUUAAAUUGAUAUUUAUUUGUAUUUUAUUUUUUCAAAUCCAGGAAUAAAUUGUGUGGAAGGAGCAUCAAGCCCAUAGAGUGUUUGGUUCCCUGUAAACAAAACAGUUGACUGGCUGAAUGUUUCACUUGUUAACUUGCGCUAUUAUGAUGUAGAUUCAGCUUUAGUGGAAUGAACUCUUUGGAUCCAAGGAUUGAGGAUUCCAGACUCUGAUCUCUUGUAUGCAACAAUCCAGAUCACUUUGAGUCAAAUUGCCCGUUACUCCUCAUUGUCAUUGCAUCCUUCCUUCUGUUCCUUUUAUUUUUGGUCUUCACCACCUGUUAUUGAAAGAGAAACCAUCAAGAAUUAAAGAAAGGAAUUGAAGAUAGACUGAAACAUCUUGGAAGUUUUGUCAACCAGAAUUUUUUAAAAAAUGGAAGAAUACCAAAAAUGGUAGAUUAUUAGACAGAUAUAGAGACUGUAUUCAAAGGUUUGCAUUCAUUACUGCUGGAUUUAUCUAUUUCAGUGGCUUUCGACUGGGGAUGAUUUUGCCCCCCUCCCAGGGGACAGUUAAUAAUGGUUUUGGUUGUCACAUCUUAGGGAAGGGCUAUUGGCACCUAGUGGAUAAAGGCCAAGGAUGCCUCUAAACAGCUUACACAGGAUAGCCUCACCCACCCACCCCCAUUAAAAAAUAUUGUAUUUGGCUCAAAAUGUCAAUAGUGCAGAAGUUGAGGAACCCUGGUCUGUUUCAAGGGAUUCUAGAGCUUGCUUUGUAUAAAUGGAAAAAUAAUCCUGUAUGCAUAUUGCUCACCUGUUUGAAAAAGGUCAUGCUCACCAAUCAUGUAUCAUACGCUGAGUCUGGUGUAUUUGUAAUUCAUAGACUGGGAACACAGGCCACGUCUACAUAUCCAGAACCACCAGACCAGGUACAUAGCACAUUGUUUCCAUCAUCUUAGUGCCUAAUUAGAUUGCCACAAUAUCCAGUCAAUUGAGGUUUCAGUAGUUGGCCAUUAAAAUGGUUGCAUUGACAUAGUCAGUUUCUAUUGGAGUUAACGGUUGUCCUUUCAAAAACAUUAAGGGCCUCUUUCAGAAGCAGUAUGAUUCAUCUCCUUUGUUUCUACUGGAAAGGUGACUAUCAGUCAAGAAUUUCUUCUUGUAGCAAUAAUGUAAAUAUCACAGAGUGGUCUUAUAAGAAGAGGAGAUUAAAUAUGUGAAAAAACCAGGUUAUUUCUUGAAAAAAAGAAAAGAAAAGAAAGGAUUGCCUUUUUACCAGUUCAUCAUUAAUUUAAUGGCUGAUCCCAAGUGUUAAGAUAAAAUAUAGUAAGUCACUUUACAUUUGUCCAAACCCAUAGAAUGUACAACACCAAGAAGGAACCCUAAUGUUAACUAUGGACAUUUGGUGAAAAUCCAGCCAUUAUAACAAAUGCACUACUCUGAUGCAGAUGUUGGCAGUGGGGGACUCUGUGCUUGUGUGGGGACCAGAGGGAAUAUAAACACUCUCUGUACCUUUCACUCAAUUUUGCUGUGAAUCUAAACCUGCUCUAAAA